AUGGACCGCCGUCCCAUUCAUGGCAGCGCCAACUCCGUCUUCGAAGAAAGACAAUGCAACGAUGACGACGCUGAUAUUGUUGUCGACCUCCAAUGGCCUUUCGGUCACCUCGACGGCCUCGACUGCGAUGACAUCCGUGAAGCGGCCUACGAGAUAUUCUUCACGGCUUGUCGUUCGACGCCGGGUUUUGCAAGUGGUCGGAAUGCUUCCGGGUCGACGUCGACGUCAUGUUCUUCACAUGAUCACAGUGGGAAUGAAUCGCAAGGGUCGGGUUCACCGACCAGGCGAGUGAAUGGGGUGGUGAUGUCCCCAACGAGUAAGGUUAAAAAGGCUUUGGGUCUAAAGAUGUUGAAAAAGUCGCCUUCUAGGAGGAUGUCGAUGUUUUCGACAGGCUUCCCUAUCGGCGGCGGCGGCGGUGCGGGGUCUGGGACGUCGGCCUUUGUAUCUCAAGGACAUGGCGGUAUUCACACCGGUUCUAGCGUUGGAAUGGGGUUUUCGACGGCUCCGGUUCCGUGGCCGCGGCGGCCUUUGACGUCGGCGGAGAUUAUGAGGCAGCAAAUGAAGGUGACGGAACAAAGUGAUAAUAGGCUCAGGAAGACUAUAACAAGAACCCUUGUUGGCCAAGCUGGAAAGAGAUCAGAGACUAUAAUCCUACCACUUGAGCUUCUAAGGUAUUUAAAACCAUCUGAAUUCAGUGAUGCACAUGAGUACCAUCUUUGGCAAAAACGUCAGCUUAAGAUCCUAGAAGCAGGGCUCAUCCAGUAUCCAUCUAUCCCUAUAGACAAAGCCAACUCCUUCAUGAUCCGCCUACGCAACAUAAUCCGAUCCGGCGAAUCGAAGCCUAUCGACAUGGGAAAGAACUCUGACACGAUGAGAACCUUAUGUAACUGCAUCGUUUCAUUAUGUUGGCGAAGUAACAAUGGCACUCCUACGACUUCUUGCCAUUGGGCCGACGGGUACCCUCUCAACGUACACAUCUACACAACUCUCCUUCGGUCGAUUUUCAGUAUUAGGGAUGAGACAUUAGUAUUGGAUGAGGUCGAUGAGUUGCUGGAACUGAUGAAGAAGACAUGGUCUACGUUGGGACUCAACAAACCGAUGCACAACGCUUGUUUUGCUUGGGUGCUUUUCGAGCAAUACGUCGUGACAAACCAGAUGGAGCCCGACCUUCUUCGUGCGGCGUAUAUUAUGUUGUUGGAAGUGGAGAACGAUGCUAGGAAGCUGCAUAAUCGAGACGAGACAUACGUGAAGAUGUUGUCAUCCAUGUUGGUUGCAAUCCAGAAUUGGGCAGAGAAAAAAUUGCUCAACUACCAUGAAUAUUUCAAUCGAGGAAAUAUCGGUGGAACCGAGAAUCUUUUACCUAUGGCAUUGAUGUCGACGAAGAUCUUGGUUGAAUGCAUUAAGAAAACGGAAGGGGAUGUAUCGGGUGUCGAUUCGACACGUGCUCGUUUCGAGCAUUACAUUCGAUCUUCCCUGAAGAAAGCUUUUGCAAAGAUAAUAGAAAAAGAAAAUGUUAAAAAUGAUGAUAUGGGAGGAAGAGGGGAUGCUUAUGCAGAGCUUCUUCAACUGGCAAAAGAAACCGAGGAUUUGGCCGCCCGAGAGCGCGAGCUAUUUAGUCCAAUAUUGAAGAAAUGGCAUCCGACUGCAGCCUGUGUUGCAGCUGUGAUACUGCACCAAUGCUACGGAGAAGUGUUGAAGCAACAUUUAGCAGGGACGAAAAUGUUGAACAGCGAGAUCGUCGGGGUACUAGAACGAGCUUCGAAACUCGAAAAGUUCUUGGUUCAAAUAGUGGUCGAAGAUUUCGGAGAGUGUGCCAAUGGAGGCAAAGUGGUUAUCAAAGAAAUGAGGCCAUAUGAAAUUGAUACAGUCACAAUAAGGCUUUUGGGACAAUGGAUAGGUGAAAGACUAAACAAAGGGAGAAAGUUGGUUUAUAAUGCAAAGAAAACUGAAACAUGGAGUGCGAUUUCUAAAUCCGAGCGGUACGCGUAUUCCGCUGUUGAGCUAAUGAACUUGAUCAAGCAAACUGUGAAUGAUUUCCUUGAAAUUCCAGUUGGAAUUACAGAGGAUUUGAUUCUUGAUCUAGCUGAAGGACUAGAGCAGGCCAUUCAAGAAUAUAUUGCCUUUGUAGCAUCAUGUGGUUCGAAGCAGAAUUAUCUUCCUACACUUCCUCCAUUAAGCAGAUGCAACCAAGAUUCAAUGUUGUCCAGGUUUUGGAAAAGGGCUAGUCCAUGCGGUUUUCGAGCCGAAGAUAUGCACGCAGCCAUGACAAUGGAAAACCAGCAUCAUUCCCCAUCGACGAGCCUCGGAACGCAGUGCCUUUACGUCCGCCUUAAUACGUUGCACUAUCUAAUCUCCCACAUUCAUUCCCUCGAUAAAACUCUCGCCCUUGCGCCAAGAGUCUUAACUCGAAACCGUUUCAGCAAUCGCAAGCAGAAGCAACAUGAUGCUUCGUUUUCCUACUUCGAACGUGCCAAUACAUCCAUUCAAGCAGGCUGCGAACACAUAUCGGAAAUCGCCGCUUACCGCCUGAUCUUCCUCGAUACAAACCUAGUUUUUUACGAGUCUCUUUACAUCAGCGGUGUAGCCAGUUCGAGAAUCCGACCCGCACUAAGAAUCCUAAACGAGAACCUCAAGCUUCUCACCUCAAUCCUCACUGACCAAGCGCAAGAAUUAGCAAUAAAAGAAGUCAUGAAGGCAUCAUUCGAAGCGUUCCUCAUGAUACUGCUCGCGGGAGUACCGGCGAGGAAAUUCAAUAGAUCCGAUUACGAUAUGAUCGAGGAAGAUUUCCAGAGCUUGAAAAGGGUAUUCUCCAUAUUCGAAGAAAGGUCGAUAUCCGAAGAUGUAAUCCAAAAGGAAGCCGAGAAAGCCGAAGGGGUGAUAUCAUUGAUGGGGCAAAGCACAGAACAACUAAUAGAAGAGUUCAGCACUGUCACAUGUGCGACUAGUGGCAUAGGCUUCACUGGCAUAGGCCAAAAGCUACCGAUGCCGCCAACGACAGGAACGUGGGACCGAUCGGAUCCGAACACAAUACUGAGAGUGUUGUGCCAUCGAAAUGACCGGACGGCGAACCAUUUCUUGAAGAAAACGUUUCAAUUGGCGAAAAGAAGCUUGUGAAGCAGGGAAAGCAAUACUGUAUAUAAAACUGGGAAUAUGAAGAACAGGUUUGGUUUAUAGUAUUGGUUUUUCUCUGAAAUGAUUGUUGUAUUCAGAUUUGA